UUUGACGCCGAAACAUUGUUCCUUCGGACCGGAUAAAAAUUACUAAGAUUUAUAUUGCCAAAUUAAAGGAAGUCUCCUUGACAAGGAAUAUAUCAGCCCUUUAACAGCAUUGUGGAAAAAAAACUUUGGAAAACAAGAAUAAUGGACUCUGUUAGACAACUCAACGAUUUGUUGGAAGAUGAACUUCUUAAUGAAGAUCCAAAGGAUGUUGCCAACUCAUCGUUUCUAAAUGUUGAUGCACUAAAGGAAGCAGUGCAAAAUUUGAGCGCUCCUAAACCUUCGGAGUCCAAUAUUUCAACGGUAACUGUACCGCCAGUCGUGGAUGAAGUAGCAACCAUAGAGAUUGCUGAAGUGCCAUCCAUAGUUCCACCGCCCACUAUAACAACAAAUAAAGAAGUGGAAGCUUCGGGCUCGAAUCCUGUCAUUCAUCAAACACGCCGGAAAUGUCCGAUAUGCAGGAAUAAGAAUCACACCUUGAGAUUCUGUCGGAAGUUUGAGAAAUUGAAUUUGGAAAAUAGAUUCCGUAAAGUGGCGUUAUAUAAAAUUUGUUAUCGAUGUUUGUCUAGUGGCCACAUUAGUAAAAACUGCAAAAGUGGGGGUACCUGCAAGUAUUGCAAAGAAACCCACCAUUUCCUUCUGCAUCCCAAGGCCAAGGCUACGAAGCCUAGAGAACAUCAGGCCACUUCGUUUGUUAAUGUACAAAUGCGACAAGCCGUAGCUCUUUCCCCAACCCUGCAGAUACACCUCUGUUUGCCACACAGGAAAAUUUUGGUGAGAUCAGUUUUGGACCUGUGUUGCCAAAAUAGCUACAUUUGUGCGGAAUUGGUCUCUAAACUGAAGAUUCCUGUUGUGAAGAUUGGAAAUGACGAAUAUGGCAGGUUGGAGAUCGAGUCGCGGUUCGAAAGUACUCAACGCCUUGUUAUAAUGGCUAGAGUCCACAAAAUGGAUCACAUAAAAACUCCGCCGAUCUCCGUGUCGGAAUUAAUUUUGGAACCUUUUAAAGGGCUCCAAUUAGCCGAUCCAGCAUUUCAUCUUUCCGGUAAGGUAACGUUGGUUCUGGGGCCAGAAGUAGCUCCGAUGAUGAUGAAAGGCAGGAUUUUGCAAAGCCCUGGGCUUCCACUUGCCCAAUAUACCAUUUUCGGAUGGAUUAUAUCGGGAUUGUCGCCGUAUUAAUCGUUGAGUCUUUAUGAUUCAACCCGAGUCCUUUAUGACUCAACCCGAGUCCUUUAUGACUCAACCCGAGUCCUUAAUGGCUCACCUAGGGUCCUUAAUGACCCACCUUAAAUAAAACUAGAGUCCUUAAUGACUCAAUUUAAUUUGAAAAAAAAAGAAUGUAUUUAUUGUUUUUUAUUAUUAUUAUUUUUUUUAUUUAGUACAGUCCACUUAGGCCCUUAAUGGCCUAAUAAUUUUUUAAUUACAACACCUUAAGUGUUGCAAGGGGGCCGGCAAUGUUUAAGUACGAACUAUUUAAUGAGCGGAUAUUUUUCUUUAAGUGUAUUACAUUGUAAUACACUACCUUUAGUUUACAUCUUUGAUGGAAAACUAUGAUAAAACUAACGAGUAAACCGCUAACGGAAUUUAAACAUUGUUUGCCACCAAUAGAAAAUUAGUUUAAGUUUUUUGAUCAAUCGUUUUUUGGAAGCCGACAUUUGCAUUUCUGCAAAGAGC